UCAAAUUGUAUGCGCUGCUAAAAACUAACAAACUAUUUAAAGCAAUGGAAAAACCAAAUGGAAUUCAUUAUAUUGAGUUGUCUAAUAAUGUAAUACGCUUCGACUCGGUUAGUCAGCUGACUAAUGUGUUCUUCGAUGACUCAAAUAAACAGAUUUUUGCCGUGCGCUCUGGGGGCGCGACAGGUGUGGUUGUUAAGGGACCCGUGGAAGAUUCUGUGAUAUCCUUCUGCAUGAGUGAUCGUGGCGGCGCAAUACGCUCUAUUAAGUUUUCGCCAGACAAUCAAGUACUGGCCGUGCAGCGCAAGGAAAAUGCUGUAGAAUUUGUAUGCUUUAAAGGGGAUCAGCCGCUGCUACAGGAGAUUAUAACGCAUCAGGUGAAAACAGUGAUAUACGGAUUUGUAUGGGUGCACAAUCGUGAACUGGCGCUGAUAUCAAACACGGGCGUAGAGAUAUUACAAAUUGUGUCAGAGAAACGACAAGUGCGCACUGUAAAAGCUUUGCAAGUGGCUAUAUCCUGGUUUGCCUGGUGUUCGGAUGCUAAUGUGGCGCUGCUGUGCACUACCGAAGGCAAUAACUUGGUGCCUGUGCUGGUAAAACAAAAAGUCAUCACCAAGCUGCCCAAGGUGGACCUGGGCACACCAGGACGCGAAGUGCAAGAAAGCAAAGUGACGUUGGGCCAGGUGUAUGGCGUGCUGGCCGUGCUUAUACUACAACCCAACAGCAGUACAGGACUGAUGGAAGUAGAAGUGCAUCUACUAAACGGUCCUGGGCUUGCACCACGUAAGUGUCACGUGCUGCGUCUCAGUCUGAUUGGUCGCUUUGCCAUCAAUACCGUGGACAAUCUGAUAGUGGUGCAUCAUCAGGCGUCUGCCACAUCGCUCCUUUUUGACAUUGCGCUCAGCGGAGAAAUUAUAGACGAUGUGACCUACCAUGCGCCUAUUACACCAGCGCGCUCUAUUAAACCGUUUGCCCUUAAGCUGCCCUCGCUCUCACCUGAUGGCCAGAUACUGCAAUGCGAACUCUAUUCCACCCAUUGGGUGCUGUUUCAGCCAAACAUUGUGAUUGACGCCAAGCUUGGUUGCAUGUGGUACUUGAGGCUGGCCAUAGAACCUCUCUGUCAUCUCAUUUCGGAUCGAAUACGUCUAACUGAGUUUCUGCUGCAGCGCAGUUGUGGUAAGCAGAUGAUGCUUAAGGUAUUGCGACAGCUAGUGAACGAUCAGUACAAAGGUACAUUGCUGCCUGUGCUGGAGACUAUUUUCGACAGGAUAAACAAAAUUUAUGCCUCCUGGGUGCAGAUGGAACUGCAAAGUCAAACGGCGCAACCCUCCAAUGUAAAAACCACAAUUGUCAAGCAAUCCACUCCGCCCAUCGUGCUAAUUGAGCAGUUGGACAUGGUGGAAAUAUUUCAGUCCAUUGCCCAGCGACCCUACACGGAAACUCUGCUAAUGUUGUAUCUACAAUCUCUAAACAAAUACAAUGUUGCUGCCCAAGAGGAGCUCAGCAAGAUGAUAAUCAGCGAGUUAAUUGCCAAUCGUAGCUUCGAUACACUACGCCGUUUAGUUAGCUAUUCAAUGCUGCAGGAGUCAAAGUCGAUUGCCUGCUUCCUGCUAGCGCACUCCGAUGUUAAUACGGCUAUUUCACAGGUAGCCAUCGAUAUGCUGGGCAAGAUUCAAGCGCAUGAGAUUAUCAUUGAAGUAAUGCUGGGUCAAGGAAAGGUCAUAGACGCACUGCGGCUAGCUAAAAACUCCUUGGGCUGGGACAAAGUGCCAGCACGCAAGUUUCUGGAAGCAGCAUACAAAACACAAAACGAUUUGAUUUUCCACAGCGUUUACAGAUUUUUCCAAAUGCGAAAUCUCCGAAUGUACGAAACCCUCGCAUUUCCCAAAACCGAACAAUGCACUGAUUUUAUACAACAUUAUAACAAUACAUUUCCAGCGGAAAACGCCAUUAAGCUGCCAAUUAGCUGAGUGCUUAAGACUU